AUAAAGUGUUACCAGUGAACAAGCUCAGAAAAAUCUUGCCAAAAUCUAUAUUAAACCAGGAUACACAGUUUGUGAAUUUGCUGACUUCUUGUUCCAAUAUACUGCCCAGUACUCAGACUCAAACUUCGAGUAUUUUAUCCUCGCUGCCGGAUACAGGGUAUGUGAGUUUGCAGACUUCAAGUGAUGUAAUCCACUGCAAUAUCCAGGAUAUUGAAUGCAUUGUUGAGAAGGAUGACACAGGGCAAAAUAAGGUAGAUGACGGUGAGGAUUCAGAUAUCGAGUUUAUACCGACAAAUUAUAUGAUAAAGAAAAGAAAGCUUCCAAGUAAACUCAAAACAGUCGGGCUCAAGUUUCCUCAGAUAAAACCAGGAACUAGGAUGCAAACAGAUAUGAUUGACAGUCAUCCUCCUCACAUACUAAGUCCUGCAGAUAUGACUAACCGUAAUAUGAGUGACAGUCAUUCUCCUCACAUACAAAGUCAUGCAGAUAUGACUAACUGUAAUAUGAGUGACAGUCAUCCUUCUCACAUACAAAGUCCUGCAGAUAUGACUAACCGUAAUAUGAGUGACAGUCAUCCUCCUCACAUACAAAGUCCUGCAGAUAUGACUAACUGUAAUAUGAGUGACAGUCAUCCUCCUCACAUACAAAGUCCUGCAGAUAUGACUAACUGUAAUAUGAGUGACAGUCAUCCUCCUCACAUACUAAGUCCUGCAGAUAUGACUAACUGUAACAUGAGUGACAGUCAUCCUCCUCACAUACAGAAUUCCAAAAAAACCAUUAAUCAAAGUCAACAAUACCAACCUGAGCCACAGCCACAGUACAGCAACCCAAAGUCGGUCAAGAAGAGAGGUCAUGGAUUCUGUGGUAUGUGUAAUAAAUAUUAUUACCAUCUUUGGAGACAUUUUGAGAAUAAACAUCGAGCUGAGCCAUCAAUCUCCAAUCUUAUGAGCCUGCAAAUUUUGAACAAACCAGAAUUUGAUGUACAGUGGAAGAUGAUGAAAUCUGAGAUGCUGCAGAAAAAAGGGUUACUACCGAAAUCUGUUUCCAUUUGUGAUUGCGGAAGAACUGUUCGAAACCUCUAUCAACAUAUCAUCAGAUUGCACUGUCCGAAGAACUCCGGUGUCUCAAACAUAAGAAUGAAAGUUCAUGAACUCAAACAUAAGAUGGAUUUUAGUUGGCAUCCUUCUAAUUUUAAAGAAAUGGCGUGUUUCCUGAAGAAGGAUAGAGUUUACAAGGCUGGAGCAAGAGAUGUUGUUUUGGUCCAGUUUAUAUCCAAAGCACUACUUAACAGAGUGGAUCAAGACGAAUAUGAAACUAUUAAAACCUGUUUCAGAUCAAUCAGCAAAAUACUUUGUGCUCUUGGAGAUGUGGUUGAGAAACCAGUAACAAUGGAAGAGGUUCUGAAAGUUAAACCGUAUUAUCAGAUUCUAGUAGAUCUUGCAUCUGGAAAAAUACAAACAGAUAUACUAGAUUCCACCACUCUGUCCGUGAGAAUGUCCAAAACCCUAAAGACAAUGGCUCGGCAAGUCCUCAACCACUUAAAGGAGACCAGUGGAGACCGACAGAAGAUAGAUGAUGUACUAGAGUUUGAUAAACAUAGAAGAGCUUUCUGGAACCAGGAUGUCGGGAAGAAACUUGCUUUUACAAAGAAGAGAUCAAAAUUCAACAAACCGUUGAACAUACCGUCUAAAUCUCUACUUGGUGUGAAUGAGCGGGAAGAAUCCGAGGCAGAUUUGGAUGAAGAUGUUGAAGAGAAUGAACAUGAUAAAGAUGAUGAAGAUGACGAAGAGGAUGAAGAUGAUAAAGAUGAUGAAGAGGAUAAAGAGGAUGAAGAGGAACCACAGAUCAGCCAAAGAAGAAGAUAAUCCACAAGCACAAGACAAUCUCUAAAAAGAAGAAACCGAAGAAGAAUACAGACGCUGAUCCCAGUUAUGUUAU